AAACCAGAUCUCAGAACUAUGGAUACUCAAAAAUGGAGUCUAGCUUUCAUAUCUCUAGCUAUUCUCUUCAUCACUUCCUCUUCCGCUGAGCUCCUCAUUAAACAGGCCACAGAAGGCAGAGGAAUAGAGUACAACAGUCUCACGUCGAAUCUUGGACUGACAAGAGUGUGGAGGGAUGAGCCACCAGCGGAUAAGAUUCUGUCAAUAACAAGCUUCUCAAUAAUUAGGAAUAUAUUGGCACCCUAUGUAUCCUCUGUUUUUGAUGCUGCUGGUUACAAAUGGAGAUUGGUUUUGUACACGAAUGGUAAACAAGACGACGGUGGAAAAGAUCAUGUUUCACUUUACGCGAGGAUUGUAGAGACAGAAUCUCUUCCAAUAGGAUGGGAAGUGAAUGUUGAUCUCAAACUCUUUGUCUACAAUGGGAAGCUAAACAAAUAUUUGAUUGUUACAGAUGGAUUAGUGAAGCGAUACAACAAUGCGACAAAAGAGUUGGGAUUCGGACAACUAAUUCCUCAAUCAACAUACUACGACGGGAACGAUGGAUUCCGUGAGCAGGACACUGGUACUUUUGGUGCUGAGAUCUCCAUCGUUAACCGGGCCAACCUAAAAGAGAAAGUCACAUUCAUAUCAAACCCUCCAAACAAUGUCUUCACUUGGAAGAUACUUCAUUUCUCUACCUUGGAAGAUAAAAUCUAUAAAUCUGACGAGUUUCUUGUUGGAGACCGCUACUGGAAAUUAGGAUUUAACCCGAAAGGAGGUUUAGUCCCAAUCUAUUUAUAUGCUCAAGGAUUUAAGGCAAACGCAGUUGAAACAACCACUUAUGGAGCGGCUAAUCUGCGGUUAAAGAAUCAACGAAACACCAACCACAUAACAUCAUUUACUGAAUAUUGGUACCUGGUUCUAAGCGGAUACGGUUUGGGAGUGAACACUAUACCAUUAGCAGAUGUAAAGGAUGCAUCGAAAGGAUAUUUGGUGAAUGAUGCCAUUAUCAUUGAAGCUGAAAUGCUUACGGUCUCUGUGACGAACCUCGUCUCCGUUUAAAGAUCUCUACUUCUUUACCAUACUUCAAACAACCUUAGGAAGAAAGAGAUGUUUGUAAUAAGACACGUUAAUGGUUUGUGAUGUAGUCGUUGUUUCUGUUUUUCUGAGUUUUGCCUUUUCUGUUUUGUUAUCUAUGAAAAUGAAACUCUCACGUUUUU